GCUGCUGCUGUCACUUCCUCCUCCAUAGAUUAGUGUCCGGGUCGUGUUGAGCCUCCUGCUCCUGGAGUCUGUGGCUGGAGCAGCCGCCGCCGAGGCUGAGCCGCAAGAGCCGCCGCUGUGCCAAGAGGAGGGAGCAGAGAAGAAUCAGGAAGGGAGGCAGCGGCGGCAUCGGGCCGGACCGGGCCGGGCUGGCGUCUCCGAGCCUCCUCCUCUUCCUCCUCUCUUGGGGGACCUGGGGCCAGGGCUGAGGGGCCUCCCGCGCACGGCUUCCCCUCUCUCCGCCGGCUCCGCUCUCCUGCCCGCCCCGCGGGGGAGGGCGGAAGAUGCCGGUGAAGAAGAAGAGAAAAUCCUCCGGAGCGACCGCGGCGGUAGCGGAAGACGGAGGCCUCAAGAAGUGUAAAAUCUCCAGCUAUUGCAGAUCACAAGUCCCUGCUAAACUAAUAAGUGGAGAGGAGCAUUUUUCAAGCAAGAAGUGCCUGGCUUGGUUUUAUGAAUAUGCAGGUCCUGAUGAAGUUGUAGGGCCAGAAGGAAUGGAAAAGUUUUGUGAAGAUAUUGGUGUUGAACCUGAAAAUAUUAUUAUGUUAGUUUUAGCCUGGAAAUUGGAGGCUGAAAGCAUGGGAUUUUUUACCAAGGAAGAAUGGUUAAAGGGGAUGACUUCAUUACAGUGUGACUGCACAGAAAAGUUACAGAGCAAAUUUGAUUUUUUGCGCUCACAGUUGAAUGAUAUUUCAUCUUUUAAGAAUAUCUACAGAUAUGCCUUUGAUUUUGCAAGGGAUAAGGACCAGAGAAGCCUUGAUAUUGAUACUGCUAAAUCUAUGUUAGCUCUUUUGCUCGGAAGGACAUGGCCACUGUUUUCAGUAUUCUACCAGUACUUGGAGCAAUCAAAAUACCGAGUUAUGAACAAAGAUCAGUGGUACAACGUAUUAGAAUUCAGCAGAACUGUCCAUGCAGAUCUUAGUAACUAUGAUGAAGAUGGUGCAUGGCCUGUUCUUCUUGAUGAAUUUGUUGAGUGGCAAAAAGUCCGUCAAGUGUCAUAGCAACAACUAUACUGAGGAAAAUGCAGACCUUUUGAUGCCCACCUGUAUACAAACUAAAAUGAGAUGAGGAAAAAACCAAGGGGCGCAUUUUCAUUCUUAUGAAAGACUUCUUAUAGUACUUUUUUUCCUUUUUUUUAAGGAAGUUUUCUUGUUACAUGUGAUAUGGGCAUUGAACCACACCUCUUCUGAGACUGAAAAUUGAAGUUUAUGUUUUGAGUUAUGUUUAUAACUUUUAUUUCAGAACAAUAAAGAUUCAGAUUUGUGACAAAGGCUUUUAAGUGAAGAUGUCCCUUGAGUGUAAGUGUAGUAUUUAUUUUGAAAAAUCAAAAAUUUGACAUUCUAUAAUUAUUCUAAUUGCAUUAGAAUAAUUAGAAAAUAUGGUUUUCUAAUAAUGAGGCUAAGUAUACCUUACUGUGCACAAUUAGGACGAAUAAUUGUUGACUUUGAAUUUUUGAUGCUUGUUUUUCUGUUGCAACUAUUAAAUUAUUCUGCAUAUGGAGAAUCCUACAACUUUUUAGCUCUGAGUGGCUAUAAAACCUAUCAAGGUCUGCUUAUUCUCAUAUGUACACAUCCCAAGAGUUUUAGGUUUGGAAAAUCCUCUGAUAAGUUAUUUUCUGACCACUGAUUUGCAUUCUAAUUAGCUCUCAGCACUGUAAACAUAUAUGUAUAUAUACAUACAUAUGGGUAUACACACACACACACACACACACACACACAUCUCCUUUACGAGCAUUUACAUUUAUGAAGAAGCCUAGUAUUUUUAUAAGUUAGUCUCAUUUGUAUCUGAAAAACCAAGGUUGGAUAAUAUUCAGUUCCUUGACAAGUCAGAUUGAGGAUCUAGGCUCAUGGCUAGCUAAACUUGGAUAUCUCUAUGCUGCUCACACUUCCCCUGUUUUCUCCACAACCCCCCUCAGAAAUCAUCCUUCUGACAAACAGUUUGAAGGAUGGAGUGUUCUCAAUAGUGAAGAUAUUUUGUUGUAGGAAUAUAACUAUUUUGAAAUUUCCACUGCUAAUGGAAAUGGAGUAAUUGAUUGCCAAUAUUCUCAUUGUCAUUUUAAAGAAUUAGUUUGUAGAACUGUUUCAAUGAUCACUUUGAGGCUGGGAAAAUGAAUUUUUAUUCUAAAUAUCUUAGAGGUAAUGAGUAAAGGGAUAAUUUAUGAAAAUGUUAAAUUUUUUAAGUCUUAUUUCUAGUACCUGACAUUUCAAGAUUUACAAAGCACUUUACAGAUAUUAUUUUUGAUCUUUGUAACACUUCUCUGAAGUUAGAUGCUAUAGGAAUUACAAUUUUUAAAGGUUGGAUAACUGGAGUUCAAAGAGAUUAUGUGACUUCCAAAGGUCACACAAUAAAUGGUAGAUUACAGACUCCAGUAAAAAAUUUUUCACUUAAAUCUAGUGUUUGUUCCAGGAUGCCACAGCUAAACAAUACCUAUCACAUUUUGUAGUAAGAGCUAGACUGGAGCUUAAAAUACACACUUCUUUUGAUAUCGAAUACCUGAUAGUCUGACCUUUGGAGAGUUUUAUACAUAGUAGAUUAUUUGUUUGAAUGAGACAAAAAUCCCCACUCUAAGAGAAACAUUUAAAUAUUUAAAAAUGAAUAUUUUAAAGGCAUUUUGUUUAAAAGAUAAUUUGGGACUUGUUCUUAGUUGUGUGUUUACUGUGUAUCUUAAAAAAAGGGAAACUGCUGGUUGGGUUUCACUCUAUAGAUGUUUGACAGAAAAAAAUUUAAAAUAUCCCUUUUGAAAUUGAGAAAAAUGUGAAAAUAUUUAAUUUGCCAAAGAAGUCUGUAAGAGUUUCAAAAGUUGGAAGUCAACAGAAUAUACCAAAAUAGAAAAUUAGCAAUUAAAAAAUAACAAACCUGUUUAUU